CGUUACCCCUUCAUUGCAGCUGAGCUCAGCUCACACACAAUAUUGCCCCAAAUCGCCCUCCAUUAAAUUCCCCCAAUUCACCACCAAACAAACCAACCUCCGCCACAAUGCACGCCAAGACAGACUCCGAGGUGACCAGCCUCGCGCCGUCGUCCCCCACCAGAUCCCCAGGCCGCCGCCCCGUCUACUACGUCCAGAGCCCCUCGCGCGACUCCCACGAUGGAGAAAAGACCGCCACGUCUUUUCAGUCCACCCCUGUCAUCAGCCCCUCCGGCUCCCCUCCCCACUCCCACUCCUCCGUCGGCCGCCACUCCCGCGAGUCCUCCUCCACACGGUUCUCCGGGUCACUCAAACCCGGAUCCCGAAAGAUCAACCCCAAUGACGGGUCCCGCCACCACCGGAAAGGUCAGAAGCCGUGGAAGGAGCAAGCCGUCAUUGAAGAAGAAGGCCUUCUGGAGGGAGAAGAGCGAUCCAAAGGCUUCCCGCGGCGGUGCUACUUCCCGGCUUUCGUUCUCGGCUUCUUCCUCCUCUUCACCAUGUUCGCUCUGAUUCUCUGGGGCGCCAGUAAGCCCAUGAAGCCCAAGAUCACCAUGAAGAGCGUGACGUUCGAACAGUUCAAAAUUCAAGCGGGUUCGGAUUCCACCGGCGUCUCCACUGAUAUGAUCUCAGUCAAUUCCACAGUCAAGUUCACAUUUCGCAACACCGGCACGUUCUUCGGAAUGCACGUAAUGUCGAAGACUCUAGAUCUAUCAUACUCCCAAAUCACAAUCGCCUCCGGAACUAUUAACAAGUUUUAUCAGUCGAGGAAGAGCCAGAGAUCGAUCAGCGUUCAGUUAUUCGGCGAUAAAAUCCCGCUGUACGGGAGCGGCGCAAGCAUAAACAGCGCGACGGGGACGACGGCGCUGCCGGUGCCGCUGCAGCUGAACUUCGUGAUCCGAUCGACAGCCUACGUUUUGGGGAAAUUGGUGAAGCCGAAAUUCAACCGGCGGGUUUAUUGUUCUGUAACUUUCGAUCCCAAAAAGCUCAACGUUCCGAUCAAGCUCAACAACUGCACCACUGGUUGAUCGACAGAGACGAGGAAGCACACGAAAUUACAAAUUUGUAUUCUUUUUCUUUGUUUUCGUUGAAGAGAAAAAGUGGCGGACAACUCAGCGGGCAGACUUUUGGAGUUCGGGCAGAGAGUGAGGGUAGAAAAUGACGCGGUUUUGGGACUUUUUGGGUGCCGGAGAUGAGUGUUGAUUUACAGGUUGUAUUACUACUUACUAUAUUCACACCUUCUCUCUUGUUUAUUUAUUCUAUUUUUUUUCUUUUUAUUGUAAUUGUAAAAGUACGAAAUUAUUUAUUUAUGUAUAAUCUCAAUAAUGCAAUGCAAUUCCAUUCGUAAUUA